AUGUCUGUAGUAUAUGAAGCUGCCAACCCAAUGAUCAAGGACUCUUCAAACAGAAAGCGUCACAUCCACAUUCAAUCCAUAAUGCAAACCCUCUUUUCAAUCGCACGCAUGACUCUAGGACUUGGGCUCCUCGCUAUUCCCAAGCCCGUUGCCCAUGUUUUCCUCGUACCCUUUACCCGCGAAGCCACCAUAGCCUGCAGGAUGGCCGGAGCUCGGGACCUUGUCCUAGGUGCUCUUCUUUAUGCCUCUCGUCCUUGGAGAUCUACAGCCUUGAUGAACAAAACCACCGAUCCAAGCGAGCACCCUUUGCUUUCCGAUAAUGGUCAGUUCCGAGAGCAAAUUGGCGAGAAUCAUACCAAACGAGCAUUACUAGCGGGAAUGGUUGUGGAUGGGAUUGAUAUACUCAGUGUGUUAUGGUGCUAUCUUGAUGGGACACUACCGAUUGAGGCCGUUGCGACACUGGGAGGCGGUGCGUGUCUUUUCUGCGGUCUGGGGGCUUACUGCUGGUACUCCGUUUCUUCAAAGCAUGAGUAA